GGCACCGGAGAACAGAAGCAUCCCGAGGGUCAGACAUCUCGAACUGCUCUUUGCUGGACUCCCAACAUGAUGCUGAUCAGAGUUGCGUUGAGUGUUGCUUUGCUGGCGCACAGCUCCUUUACUGCGCCGAUGGUUCCUCCAUUGGUGACAUUCCCUGGGGAACAGAAUGUCACCGACAGCCAGUUGGCGAUGGAUUACUUGAAGAGGUUUGGGUACCUGAAUUUAAAAGACACAGGCAAUGCAUUGAUCAGUCUCCAACCAGCCAUAUUAAAAAUGCAGAAAACCUUGGGCUUGCCUGAAACAGGAAAACUGGAUAAGAGUACACUCACUGCCAUGAAGCAGCCUCGAUGUGGUGUUCCUGAUGUGCUGAACUACAAAACAUUUGAUGACGAGAAAUGGGACUACACUGAUUUAACUUACAGAGUUACACUCUACACCCCCGACUUAGACCAAUCUGUUGUUGAUGACGCAUUUGCUCGUGCCUUUAAAUUGUGGAGUGACAUCACUCCACUGACAUUCACUCAAAUCUAUAGUGGCGAAGCAGACAUCAUGAUUCGGUUUGGCAGAGAAUGGCACGGAGAUGCAUAUCCAUUUGAUGGAUACAAUGGUCUCUUGGCACAUGCCUAUCCACCAGGCAAAAAUGUCUAUGGCAGCCUGCAUGGUGAUGCACAUUUCGAUGAGGAUGAGUUCUGGACCUUGGGGCAUGGCGCAGUUGUUAAAACCCGUUUUGGCAAUGCUGAUGGAGCUUUCUGCCACUUUCCGUUUACAUUCAAUGGGAAGGAAUACAACACCUGUACCACAGAUGGGAGAGAUGAUGGAUAUACUUGGUGUGCCACAACUGCAGACUUUGAUAAAGACCAGAAAUAUGGGUUCUGCCCAAAUGGACGGUUAUACACGUUUAGUGGUAACAGUGACAAUUCACCAUGCGUGUUCCCUUUUAUAUUUAAUGGAAAGAGUUAUGACCAGUGCACAACUGAUGGCCGUGAUGAUCGCUACAAAUGGUGUGCCACUACCAGCAAUUUUGACGUGGAUAAGAAAUACGGUUUCUGCCCCAGUCCAGUUAAUGCUGUGAUUGCUGGAAAUUCUGAUGGAGAUUUGUGUUCAUUCCCUUUCACCUUCUAUGGAAAAACAUAUGAUGCUUGCACCACUGAAGGCAGAUCAGAUGGGCAGCUCUGGUGUGCAACCACCAGUAACUUUAAUGAAGACAAAAAGUGGGGUUUCUGCCCAAAUGCUGGGUACAGCAUCUUUUUAGUGGCAGCUCAUGAGUUUGGUCAUGCCCUGGGACUAGAUCAUUCCAGUGUCGAAGAUGCUCUGAUGUACCCAAUGUACAAAUACAAAGAAAACUUCAGGCUAUCCAGUGAUGAUGUUGCAGGAAUUCAGCAUCUCUAUGGACGAAAAUCUGGCCCAACAUCAACCAUCCCAACAUCAAAGGUGCCUACUACCACCACCACUGCCACAACCACUACCAUCACAAUCAGGCCAGGUGCCGAUGUCUGCAAAGUGGAUACUUAUGAUGCAGUUGCAAGCAUAAAGAAGACAUUUCAUUUUUUCAAAAAUGGAUAUGUCUGGAAAUUUGCAUUAGCAAAGAAAGUCAUCAAGGGACCAAUUCCAAUUGCAAAGCUGUGGCCAAAAGCUCCUUCCAAAAUUGAUGCUGCCUUUGAAGAUAAAAGGACAAAUAAUGUCUACAUUUUCUCAGGGAGAUCAUAUUGGGUAUUUUCUGGCACUAGUCUUGAACCAGGCUAUCCCAAGGACAUCAGCAAACUGGGUAUUGAUACCAAUGUUGAACGGAUAGUUGGUGCAGUUGGGAAGGGUCCAAACAAAGUACAACUACUUGGUGGACAGAAAGUUUGGAGGCUCGAUAUGGCAACACAGAAAGUUGAUAAGAUCAGUCAAAUUUAUGACAGAUUCCGGCACGUUCCUGUUGAUGCUAAUAUUGUCUUCAUGCACAAAAUGAACAUCUACUUCCUGCGAGAUAAAUACUUCUGGAAAAUGGACAUGCAUUAUCGGGUCACUUUUGUCGGCUUCAUCAAAAGUAACAUUCUGAAUUGUAAAGAAUAAAACUUUCAACCUCAGGAGCAGCAUUAUCUCGAGGAAGAAUUGUUGUUUAAUAUAUUGUGUUUACAUUAUUCUGUCACAUUCUAGAAUCACAGUGUAAUCCUUCAGUUUACAUUUGCUUUCCAUGUUACUGGGUUUGUUCUUGAAGGAUAAAACAUCUGUGCAAAAUAUUUUGCCAAGGAGAAAGGGUGAAAUUAUAAAACCCAGUUACCUUCACUCUGCAACUGAUUAAAGGAUAAGACAACAACCAACAGUAUUUUUUUAAAUUCAUCACUUGUAAGAGAUAAAUAUAUUAACAGCUUUGAUUGCAUGAAUUUUCACUCAGGCUGAGUCAAAAUGCCUGCUGCACAAUCUAAGUCUGGAACUUGAUUUUUUAUAUUCAUUCUACUUGCAACUAAUGUUAAAGCACGUUAUUGUGACAUUCCGAGUAAGGCAUAAAUGUGAAGCAGAUGCAAAUCCAUAGAAGACAUAAAGGAGUGUGUGCUCCACUUGUCACUGGAACACAUUUGCUUAUUCCACUAUCAGCUGUAAUAAGAUUGACCACAACAGAGUGAAGAAGACUCAAAUGUGUCUUUUUUUAAAGAUCGUGCGAAAGGCAGUGUCCCAAUCACAACUGUUAUUUGUAUUGUUUACUGCGAGUACAGAUAAUGUUUAUAUCAUAUACAAGAUUAAUUAUUUAUUCUAAUUUCUAUGUUUAUUUUUUCUACUUGGGAACAGUUUUUGGAUAGAUUUUCCUAGGAUGUUUAGUGAUGUAGAGUCCAGCCGUUGAUCGGUAUAAUGGACAGUUGCAUGCUGUCGAUCAUGUUGUUUGUGUAUCUCACUGAUGCUUCAUUGGUGUGUUAACAACCAUUGUCACUCCUGCUGAUUAUGCUACCAAAUAGCAGGCAAACACAUUGUAACAUCGGCUAUCAAAAUAGCUUGACAAUCACUGCUUUGCCAUGAUUGCAGUGAACUUGAGAAGAGGCCUUUGUACAAAUUGCAUUGACUAUUAGAUUGGAAAAUGUGAACACUUUGAUAUUGGUCUCUCAUCACUGAUUACCAUCUCAGCACACAAUAGUCAGGACAUUACAAAAUAAGACUUUUCAUUUAUUGUUUCUGGAGUUACUAAUGUAGCUUUGCUUUACCACAAUAGUGUUAUUAAAAUACCCAUAUGUCCAUUGAGAUGAUUUAGUUAUUAUAUUCAAAUGGUGCUGAUAUUUUAUGCAUAGUUUGUUUGGAGUUUCUCUUGCCAUACUGAGUAUAACACCCCUUGGUACGCAAAAGAAUUUCCACACAACAUUUCCAAUGCAUUUUUAUAUUAAUUAAUUUAAAGUUUAAACAUUGUAAUUGAUAUAAAUUAUUUUCAGUUUGAAUGCUAAACUUCUAAUAAACUGCUUGUUGCAUCUCAUAA